UAAUUAAAGCGUGGGACGGACGAGUGCUCCACUCUCGGCGCACUCUCGAACCGACUAGUAUAUGAAUCUGUUAUAAUGUUAUCGCUUACAUUGUUUUCACUUAUCUUGGCGAGUGUAUUAGGGGCGGAAUUCACUUUACCUGGCGAAUGUCCGAAUGUGGAGUUGCAGCAGAAUCUUGACUAUACCAAGUUUUCAGGUGUAUGGUAUAAUGUUGCUAGUUACGCAAGUGAUGGUCGCCCCAUUUACGACUGUGCGACUCUGGAUUUUCAAGAAGAUAAUCUCGGUUAUACCUUAAGAGAAACAUAUGUCAAAGAAGAUCAAGGCAAUAGGACGCAGAAAUCCUACUUUGCUAGAGUAGACCCGACUUUCGAUGCGGGGAACAAAGCUCAGUUCAUCGUGAGCCAUGAAGAUGGAGACAAAGUCCUACAAUUCCCAUUCUUCAUAUUGUCGACUGAUUACGACGCAUACGCGAUUGCUUAUACUUGCAAAACUUUAAAGAAGAAACAGCGCACACACUACGUAUUCACAUGGAUCCUCUCGCGCAGCAAAGACUCUCUCCAAGGAGACGCCCUGCAGAAAGUCGAGAAUGCACUAUCCAGAUAUUCAGAGCUAGCUGCACACCGACAGUCGUUUGUUUUCAAGGAUUUCUCCGACAAAAGCUGCUCUUUCUCUGAUAAAUACGAAUCGGAUUUCUUCACUACUAACUUUUGGUGAUGGUUGUAUUAAAAGGACUGUGAUAAAUCCAAUACCGUCUUUUCUUA